GACAGCCAACCGGCCAGCCAGUGUGCUGCAGGGGGAAGAGAUGUCUCCGUUAUUCAUGGACACUGGGCAGGAGUCCAACAGCCCUGGCUCGGGGUCAGCUAACGGGAGCAACACCGCUGGAUCGGAGAGAGAAGGAGAGUGGCAACAGAUGGGAAACCGAGGAAAAAAAAGACAAGAGAAGAACAGAGACGCUGCGAGAAAGAGCCGGAGAAAACAAACCGAGAGAGCGGACGAACUUCAUGAGGAGCUCCAGUGUCUGGAGCGUUCCAAUUCAGCCCUUAAAAAGGAGAUUGCCGCAUUGAAAAAAGACUUCCACCUUUAUACGACGACAUUGGAGUGCCACAAGCCUUUUUGCUGCCUCAAAGACUCCACUUCCAGCUCCAGCUCUACAACCUGCCUCUCGGUUUCCCCCAAGGCCAGCUGUCGGGCCGGCCCUCCUGCUGUCCCUCCCCAGGCCUCAGGCUCCACUUAUGCUGCUGCCCCUCUGCUCUCUAUCUCCUCAACCCAUAGCCUGGGUCUUCAAACCAGCGACUGUGUUGGAAGCACACCUCUCUCAUCUUCAACUGCUACUCCUCCAACAACCACGACAUUAGCCUCACCUAGCGGCUCGUCUGCUGAACUCGCCACUACGUCCAGCUCUGUAACGGCCCCUUACUCGGCCUCUUUCUCUGCUGUCCCGGCUCCUCGCUCUUUGUUCAGCCAACAUCCUCCUUCUCUAAUCACGUCAAGGCAGACAAACGUUCCGCCUGUCUGCACCAGCCUUGUUUCAAACUCUGCACCCUCCAUUUCUCUCACUGCAGCUGCUCAGCCUCAAUCUGGCCAAAGCAUCAUCAAUGAAAGCUCUGCAAUGUCAUCAAAUGCUGAUCUCUCUCCACUUCAUUCUGGUGCACUGGAUGCCUUUCUAAUGAAACAGGCCACUUUUAUAACUGAUUCAUCUAAUGUAGUGCCCCCUUACUCCCAUUUAGGGCCAUGUCAGUUCAGCAGAAAUCCAAUGGAUUCAAGUCCACCAACUUUUCAAGAUCCUGCUCUUCAGUCCCUCUCAGCGCCGCCUCCUGACUCUGCUUUUGCCUUAAAGCCGCGUUAUAGCCAACAGGUCACACUCGAUCCUGCGCCUCUGCUUUCCCUGCUCACUGUCCCGAGUCCCCUUUAUGUGCCUCAGACUACCUCCAGCAUCUUUGAUGGACCUCUCUAUCAACCUCUGCCGUCGCUGCCACAACUGGGGGAUAUCUCAAAAGAUCUCUCCCUUUCUGAGCUCCUGGAGGUCAAUGAUUGGAUACUAAAUGGGACUAGUCACCAGUAGCACUACAUUGCAAACAAAGACCAGCUUUAUUUUGCCAAAAUGUUCCUUUAAUUUAUAUAUAUAUAUAUAUAUAUAUAUAUUUUUAGUAGUUUAAUCAAACACUGCUGAGCAGCUGCAGAAACAAGACAGACGGACAGAUUUGUACAUCUGGCAUCUGUAUGGAGAACCGGACCGGAUCAGAAUAUGAAAGACAGCCAGAACGAAUGUCAAAAUGGUCAAAGCCAAUGCAGCAGAAGCAGAGAUAUCCCAGCUUUUAGUCCUUAGGUUGGGUCAAGCUCCAAAAACACUGGAUCCUACACUUCUCACAAUGCAACUAAUAGCAUAUUUUUGGUUGGAUGCUGGUAAAUGCUUGGUAAAUGUCUUUCAAGCUCCAUGAAUCCAGUUCCUGUAACGCAGGCUUUCUGUUACACAUUUGUACCCUUCCAGCACAAAAAGAGAAGCUCUAAGAGCCCUAAUGAUGUCACUGUGGUUCUUUUCACAGAAUUGACAAAGCUCCUCGAGCGCUGACAAUUACCAAACGCCUAGCUAAGGUUUCAGAGACUGGAGUAAUAAUGAAUCCGAUAGGUCGCUGUUAUCAUUUCUUUAAUCCAGAGAUGAGACACCAAAAAAAAAAAAAGACUCAGCAUUUAAAACUUUGACUUGUAAUUUUAGAUGGGGUGGAGUACUCACUUCCUUGCAACUUUAAGGAAAUGUCAUUAGGAGAAAUGUCCAUCUGUUGUGGGAGCCACAGUGUGAAGUGCCAGAGUUAACCACACAGCCAUGACCCAGCUUAUUUUAGCCAUUAUUAUAAUUUUACGGCAGGAAACUUUAUUCUUUCUUUUUCUUUUCUUUUUACCUUUUUUUUAAAAUACAUAAUCUUUUUUUUUUUUUUUUUUUUUAAGUUACAAUUAUUUAUUUUUCUACAUUUCAGAUGAUGUAAUUGAUGUAAUUUCUUCACUUCCAAUAAUAGGAUUGCAUUAUUUAUACUUACUGUGAUUAUGCUACUAUAUGAUAAUUAUUCAUUUAGGUAUUUUACCAGGCUUUGCUUACAACGGUGGAUCUCCAACCAGAUAAAGUGGGCAACUGCCCAGGGCCCCAAACGCUCGAUGGUGUUUUAAGCCCCCACCGUCCACUUCAAGGCAGCGCUGCGACCGUCGACUUCAAGGCACCUAACCCUAACCUUAACCCUAACCCCUGCCUAAUCCUAGUACAUUCCAUGCAGCGCUGCCUGGAAGACGACGUUGGGGGCUUAAAACACCAAACACCGCCCCAAACCCUCAGGGGCGUGAAUGUGUGUCUGUUAGAUUGUGGUAAUUUGAUACAUUGCUAAUAAUGGUGCAAACAUUUUUGUAAUUGGUGCUACAUGACCAGAGAAAAUGAAGAUAAGAAGCUUUGAUAUUCCCUUUCGCUCAAAAGAAACCCUGCAACUACCAGAAUGCGCUGCGCUGCACCGGACCGGACCGAUAAAUGCUCGCGGUGGGUGACAUAAUGCGAGCUCAUCAGUAUUGACACAGAAUAGCGGCCGGCUGCUACAAACAAUCUCAUAGAACAGUUAAACAGUUAGCCGAUUUUUUCCCCUGGGCCCCCCAGUGGUUAAAUCCAGCCAUGAUUACAUGGACAAUCAGCGACAACUCAAGAUCUAAUGGCCCACCCCUGUGGGUCUAAACCUAUGAUAUGAAUUAUGAUUAAUAAUUCCCUUAUUGUGUUUAUUUCAAGUGACUAAAAUGAGAGAAAUUCUUCUAUUUUACUCUUCCUCUCCCUGUAAAUGAGAAUAAGAGAACCAUGGGGCUGCUCCAACCUGUUGGAACUACUGCUGGUAAGAAAUUAGGAGUGGAUUGUAUUAUGUUUUUAAGUUAGGUAAACAUAGCUAAGCUUACGCACAUUGAUUGUAUUGAAAUGACGACUUUGGUUUUUCAAAGGAUGAUUCAUGUUGAUUAUUCUGCUUUAUAUACUCUAUAUCUGCAGGUAUAGGAUAUAUAGGAGGGUGUGCUCCACACAGACGUUUGGGAUUCAGUGUGGGGUGUAUGAGUUGUGAUUAUUUUGUAUUUAUCAUGCAUUAGAUUAAUAUAUUUAUUCUGCAACACUGGUUGCAAUAGAAAAGUUAAUUACAAAUAAAAACAUUUUAAUAA